AGGAGGGAGGAGGAGGAGGAGGGAGGGCGCCGGGCUGCGCUGCGCUGCUAGUCUGGAGCGGAGCCUGGCAGCGGCAGGAGCGGCGGCGCGGGGGUGAGGAGCAGCCGGAGCCUGCUGGACGGAGGCAGCCCCGUCCCCCUCCCCUCCCCCUCGCCUCUUUCUUUGUGCGCAGGGCAGGGGCGGCCCCGAUCCAUGGUCAUGGGCGACAAGAAGAGCCCGACCAGGCCGAAAAGGCAAGCCAAACCUGCAGCCGACGAAGGCUUUUGGGAUUGUAGCGUGUGCACCUUCAGGAACAGCGCCGAAGCCUUCAAAUGCAGCAUCUGCGAUGUCAGGAAAGGCACCUCCACAAGAAAACCUAGAAUAAACUCUCAGUUGGUGGCACAGCAAGUUGCCCAGCAAUAUGCAACCCCACCACCGCCUAAGAAGGAGAAGAAGGAGAAAGUGGAAAAACAAGACAAAGAAAAACCUGACAAAGAGAAGGAAAUUAGUCCAAGUGUUACAAAGAAGAACGCUAACAAGAAGACUAAACCAAAGUCGGAUAUUGUGAAAGACCCUCCUAGCGAAGCGAACAGCAUACAGUCUGGCAACACUACAACAAAGACCAGCGACUCAAAUCACACUUCAAGACCCAGACUGAAAAAUGUGGACAGAAGUACCGCACAACAGCUGGCAGUCACAGUGGGAAAUGUCACAGUAAUUAUCACAGACUUUAAAGAAAAGACUCGCUCCUCUUCCACAUCAUCUUCUACAGUGACCUCCAGUGCAGGUUCAGAACAACAGAAUCAGAGCAGCUCGGGCUCUGAGAGCACAGACAAGGGCUCGUCCCGUUCCUCCACGCCAAAGGGGGACAUGUCAGCAGUCAACGACGAAUCUUUCUGAAUUGCACAGAGUUGUGGAAACUAUGAAUCAGGGUAUGAAAUUCAAACACUCCACCUGCCCACGCUGUUCAAAUCCUGGAGAGCCUCUUCUGUGCUUGAACACACACACACUUUUCUUGGACAUCGACCUCUUACUGAUGCAACCAGGAUAAUUUCUGCUUGCCGUGGGCAUCUGGCCACCAAGGAAUUUCUCACCCUAACGAUUACUCUUGACACUUUUAUGUAUUCCAUUGUUUUAUAUGAUUUUCCUAACAAUCAUUUAUAAUUGGAUGUGCUCCUGAAUCUACUUUUUUAUAAUAUCUGCUGUGCACAAUUUUCCAUGAACAUUACAACUUUUUGUUUUGGGGUAGGGAGCGGGUGGGGAGGGAACGGGGCUUUAUUUAUUGCAUUCACAAACUCCAUCCUCUUUCAACAUAUCCUUUUUAAGUUCAGUUCUUCUUCCAGUUAUACUGUGUACUAUCAGUUUUGAUAUAAAUUAUAUAUAAAUAUAUAUAUAAAUAAAUAUAUAUAAAGGGUUAUUUGAAACCAAUACAUGGAAACGCUGGUGCUUGAAACACUGUGAAGUGAAAAAACAAACAAACAAACAAAAUUGAACAGUUCAAGAUCUGGGACAGUCCCCUUCUGUGAAAGUACUGAAACUGAAAUGGAACUGGUCUUAGGUGAAAAGUGUUCCUGAGGGUCUGAACCUGGAUGGGACCCAUUCUCUCUAUUCUUCCUUCCCCAUUUCUUCCCUAAGCAAUGGCUAAAAUGUACUGGACACACAGCUUCGAUUUAUUUGUAGCUUGGGAUCUGAAAUGAGAAAAGGUUGCUCUAGGUAGCUUGUAUUUCCCCUGGGGCCACUCAGAUGGAUGACGUGCGAGCUCACGCCUGGCUGGAGCGUGAGCGUUCAGAGCCAGCCUGGUGUCGGUUUCCACAAGUUGCCGUGUUGUGGUUCCACGAGCAUCACUCUGUCAGGUGGAGCCGACCCCACAGGCUCUCGGUGUUCAUACAGCUAAGGAAUUGUGUCCACCUGCCUCAGUUACUGAGGAAACUGGAGCUGGAGUGGUGUGCUCGGGUGGGAAGGCGGCAGGGAGCCGUAGGGCUGGCGCGGUAGUGGCUCGGGCGAGCAUGCUGGGGCUGCUCACAGCUGCUGGCACCUGCGUCGCUCCUUCUCAGCCCCCUCCCCUCUGUCCCAGCCGUGCUGUUGGGGUGGCUUUUCUCCUUGAAGUCCAUCCAUAUUCCAAGAGCAGUUUCUGAGCAGCGUCUCGUCCAGUGAUGACGUUGGGCUUGUCAGCAUUUGGACGCUUCUGCUGUGGGAGCAAAAAUAGGGAGAAGCUUUUGUGCUGGCAAUCGAGUGACACGUGUGGCUCAUGCUCGUGACCAGCAUCUCCUUCAUUCUUGCUCUGAAGCUAUUCAGACUGUCGUUUCUUUUCCUGGCCUGUUAGUGUUUCUUUACAGUUUACCUUCCAUGCAUUAUCCUGCUAAAACACUAGGCUGAAGAGGUGAAGCAAACUUUUUAAAACAAAGCCCCAGACCUCUUUGGCUUUUCAUCUUUCUUUAGUGGCCCCAGGGUGCUUUGCAGUAAUUUCAGGUGCAGAGGCUGUGGCUUCGUUCAACAUCAACAAAUGCAUCACUUUUGGGCAUGAUGAAAGAGGGCCACAUUCUGACAAAUUGUGCCAGCUUGUUAUAUUGUGAAUUAAUUUGCUUAGCAAGAGUGAUUUUUCUCUUUGUGGAGGCAAGUGGUUUAAGAUUUCUUUUAAAAUCUGUGUGGUUUUGAGUAGCAGACGUAGGUUCCUUUCACAGCGGCGACAGGAACGCGUGAGUAAGGGCUGGGCCACGGCCCCUGCUCGGAGGCACACGCAGCGGUGGCGCCUUCGCAGCGGCGGCUUUACUCCAAAUAACGUGGGCACCCCAACUUAAUUCUGCUUCUAUUCACAGUAUAGCCUGUCUUUACCUUUUUAAGCAUUUUUAAAGUAUUUAUUAAAGAACCAAAGGAAACCAGAUGCUUCCUAUGAGCAUCAAGACAAUUUAUUAUACAUAGUUUUAAAUACUAUGAAUUUCUCAAUCCACAUUUUACCAUUAGUGGGAUAUUGCAAAGACAUUCCUUUUCCAGUUUUUACUAUUCCUUUAAGGGUCUCAGGGAGGGUAAACUGGUCAGCCAUAUUUAUUUAUUUUACUGAGAUGUAUUGGAAUAAUUUUUUAAGAGAGAUUUUUUGAAGAUGCCCCCGAACUUGUAUAUUUUGCACUGCUUUAUAAACGAUCCAUGACGAAUUAGGCUUUGCAUGCAUCUCGGCCGGGAUCCGGCGAGUCAGCCCCUCUGCCUUCAGCGGGGACGCUUCUGGUGCUUCGACUCAAACCCCGCGCUCGCCCUCCUCCUCGAAUCUGGGAAUCUGUGCAAAGAAAAAGCACUGAGUGUCCCAGGAAAUUGCUUCUUUUGGGUUUGUUUUGGGUUUUGUUUGGGUUAUGGUUUUUUUUUUCCCAAGUGAAAAUGGACCUGUAGAUCAGUUGUAAGAAAAGCUUUAAUGCCGUAACCAGCUACUCAUGGCUACUGGUGAAGUCGGUACCAUCUGUCUCCUCUUUGGGCGUGCCUCCUCGGUCAAGUAGUUUGCUUAUAAAUAACUGGGAAGAUUUCUUUGGAAGGAGUGACCUGUAAUUCUGCAUUCGGUAGGGAUUGCUAGCUAAGCAUUGAGCCUCCCCAGCCUCAGCCGUAGCUGUCGCGCGGUGGGUCUGAAGGAUGGCGUUGGCUUCGUCUCUGGAGCUGACAUGCCCGCGGCAGGAGGCCCUCCGUGUCGUGCCAUGCCCUGCCUGUGGGCCGCCCCACCGUCUGUGGGGAGCCUGUUGGAGAAACCAAACCAAGCAAAACACUAGCGUAGGGGAAGGACCAGAUUCGUGAUGUUCAGUGGCACAGAAAGCAGGUAAGUAAAGCACAGUGUUACGUUUGCAAAGUUGUGACUCUUACACAGACACACACACACACACACAGACACCGACACAGCUUGCCUGACUCGCUCAGUGUGACGUAGUUGUGCAAAGGAAAAGGACAGCGUUUUACACCGCCAGGCUAUUUAUUUCCAUUGGAACACUUUGCUUGUUUCAAAUUGGACGGAUCGAAAAUUUGGCAGCAGCUUCCGUGAGUUUUGUUUCCACUGAGAUGUUUUCACCUGCCUUACCAAGAUCAUUCUCAGUCUACUUUUUUAAGCUCUACCAUAAACUUAAAUUAUUGAAAGUUUAUUAAUUGCUGACUAUAUAAUAACCUUUGCUUGUAUGUAACCGAGUGGUUUUAAGAGCCAACAUUUAGAGUAUGACAAUGGAGCUGAACAGUUUUUAAUGCGCAAGCAGUUCUGUUCUUGUGUAUGACUUGUAACCUUAAUUUACUGUGUAAAGAUGGUUACAUUAUUUCCUUAGCUUUGUUUGUUGGAGACAAAUAUAGAAUGCUUGUUUAAGUAUGUCAAAACAUAAUCUUAUCUUGUGGAUUUUUAUGUUAAUGUAUUAUACGAGCUAUAUUUUUCAUUUGCCCAGAAAGACAGCUUGUAUAACGCUUUGGAAAGUUUCUCCGCUCUGUAAAGUCUUUAGAGCUGACAGUCCUGUUAGGUUUGUUUUAAUCUUCAUGCUAAAGUGUCAAUGGUGGUUUUGUGAACUGGUUCAGAAAUUCACAGGUCUUAAAUGUUUUUGGGAAAUUUAUAUUGGACACUGCUCUUUGUCUAGCAAAUAAAAGAUGUUAAUAUAUUCCUGUUACUGGCAUGUGCACGACUGUUAUUAGAAGCCACUUUAUCAUUUUCCUGCUUUAAAUAGAAAUGUCUAUUUAUGAAUUCUGCUUGUAGUUUUUUCACAAAUAAAAUAGUAAAAUUUAA